AGAGUAUAAAUUUUGAUCGUAAACAGAUACUUAUAACAUUCAAGAAUGAAGUUUGGUAAGGAAUUCAAAAGGGAAAUGGUCCCAGAGUGGAUAGAAGCUUAUGUGGACUACACUGGACUCAAACAAAUAUUACAGGAGAUCCGCCGUUUCAAGGAAAGCAAUCAGCCUCCAACGCCUGCAACAUCUUUAGAUCAGAGGUUGGCAUUGUAUCGCAACUUUAGUGGUCUAAAUCUACAAGGCAGUGUUCAGAAUACUAGUGAUAUUGAGAACCAGGUGAUAGCAGUAAACACUGUGCCACACGAAAACUACAGAAAAUUUUACAAAACCAAGUUCCUGGCAUCUCCUGAAGGAGCAGAAAAUGAAAUUAGCUUCUUUGACAAACUAGACCAUGAAUUCAACAAAGUUAAUACCUUCUAUAAGGACAAGGUGGAUGAAGUCAUGAGGGAAGUAACUUUACUGAAUAAACAGAUGGAUGCUUUGAUCGCGUUACGUAUCAAGGUAAUGGAUCCGGGUUUCAAUGCAUUUCCUUCCCUUCAAAGUCUUUCCUUGGACAUUAACAAUUCAACACCUUCGAGGAUCACAUCUCCUCUCAGAAUGACGGUUGUAGAUACAGAUGAUAUGCCUGUCAGUCCAAGUUUUGACCCCACUUAUGGAAGACAGGUUUCUAUGACUAAUGCUUCAUAUCCAAAGCUUCCCAUCAACCGCAAUUCUUUAAGAGAGAACAGAGAUACUGAUUCACAAAAAACAGAUCCUCUUGAAAUCCUAGAUCAUGUUAAGAUUGUUAAUACAUUUGAAAGUCCCAUAUCAACUAUAAGAGGUGUCUUGAGCGAAUCCAAGGAGAAUGAUUUGAGUUAUAAGAAAGAGGAACUAAAGAAGGUUGAACAUAGGCUGAAGCUUAUUUUCAUUGAGUUCUAUCAAAAACUUCGCCAUCUAAAACACUUCAGCUAUAUGAACCUGUCUGCAUUCUCCAAGAUCCUCAAAAAGUACGAAAAGAUUACAUCUAGAAAAGCAGCAAGAUCAUACUUGAAAAUGGUGGAUAACUCUUACCUUGGGAGCUCUGAGGAGGUUACCAGUCUUCUGGACAGGGUGGAGACCACCUUCAUCAAGCAUUUUUCGCAGUCGAACCGCAGAGAAGGCAUGAAGAUAUUGCGGCCAAAGCAUAAAAGAGAAAAACAUCGUAUAACAUUCAUGUCAGGCUUCUUUUCUGGUUGCUCAAUUGCUCUACUAGUUGCUGUAAUUCUAUUAAGAGAUGACAGAAAGUUGAUAGAUAAAGAUGAAGGCACCUCUUAUUUGGACAAGAUAGUUCCACUUUACAAUUUUUAUGCAUACAUUGUGUUGCAUAUGCUUUUAUAUGCUGCAAACAUAUAUUUCUGGAGGCACUACAAAAUCAACUAUGCAUUUAUCUUUGGUUUCAAGCAAGGGACCGAGUUAAGCUUUAGGGAAGUCUUUCUUCUUAGCAAUGGUCUAGCAAUGCUCGUCCUUGCCGCUCUCCUGAUGCAUCUGCACAUGAAUUCAAGAGCUGAAGUAUAUGGUACACAUAUUGAAUAUGUUCCUCUGGGAUUGAUAAUGGUACUUCUUUUCAUUACUUUCUGCCCGUUUAACAUCAUUUAUCGCUCAAGUCGUUGGUUCCUUAUAAGAUGCGUCUUCCGCUGUAUCUGUGCUCCUCUUUACAAGGUUACUCUUCCAGAUUUCUUUCUAGCAGACCAGCUGACUAGCCAGGUUGAAGCAAUAAGGAGUUUGGAGUAUUACAUUUGCUAUUAUACUUGGAUUAAACCUUCGCAUGGACAUAAUACGUGCCAAAGUCACAAUGUCUAUAACAUAUUUUACUUCAUUCUAGCAAUCAUACCAUAUUGGUUUCGGUUUUUUCAGUGUGUCCGUCGACUGUUUGAAGAAAAGGAUCAAGCACAGGCAUACAAUGGCUUGAGAUACUUUUUGACAAUUCUGGCAGUCGUUAUUAAAACAGCUUAUGUACUGAGAAAGAGUUUGACUUGGGAGGUGUUGGUUAUACUGAGCUCACUUAUCACAACUCUUUUCAACACAUACUGGGAUAUAGUUGUCGAUUGGGGGCUGUUGAGAAGGAAGUCCAAGAACAAGUUCUUGCGGGAUAAGCUCAUACUGCACCAUAAAAGUGUAUACUUCACAGCCAUGGUCUUGGAUGUUUUGCUCAGAUUUGCCUGGCUACAACUGGUAUUAAGAUUCAACGUGCACUCUUUGCGAGGAAGUACUGUCUCAAGCAUAUUUGCUUGCUUAGAAGUGAUUCGACGUGGCAUGUGGAAUUUUUUCAGGUUGGAAAAUGAGCACCUGAACAAUGUGGGGAAAUACCGGGCAUUCAAGUCAGUACCACUUCCUUUCGCGUACCAUGAAGAGGAUGAUCACAAAGAAGAAUAAAUAUGAACAUUUAUCUAUCCCCAUUACCUUAUCAGAGUGCUAGCAACUGCCAAACUUUAGCAAACAGCAAAUGUCAUUCAUCAUGAAGAGUUCACAUGUCAAAUGUUGUCUGAUAUACAACAUUUGCUAUCUAAGCUCAGGAAGUUGUUACAUUUAUGGGCUUAAAGGCAGACGCCAAGAGUAGAACGCGUGUGAAAGAGCUUAAUUUUCACACAC